AUGGACAAUAAUUACGUUCAAAUAAAGGACAUGAGACCUGGUUUAAAAAAUAUAAAUGUAGUGUUUAUAGUGCUCGAGGUCAGCCACCCCACCCUAACGAAGGAAAACCGCGAAGUUCGAACUUUUAAAGUGGCAGACUCUAGUGGAAGUAUAAACGCAAGUGUUUGGGACGAGCCGGGACAAUUACUUAUUCCCGGUGAUAUAGUUAAGUUGACAAAGGGCUAUGUGUCGGUAUGGAGAAACUGUCUUACACUAUACACAUCAAAAGGGGGUGACUUACAAAAAAUGGGCGAAUUCUGUAUGGUAUUCAACGAGCAGCUUAAUAUGAGCGAACCUAAUCAAGUGCCACCUAUGCCUUCAGGUUGCGGGCCACCAAAUAGUAUGCCUUUAAAUAACGGAACAAACAAUGGAGCAGGACGAGUGGGACCACCUGCAGCCCCAGCAACUGUUACCACUUCAGUACCAAUACAUAAUAACACUGCCGGACCAGCCAAACCAACUUCCAGUAAUACAAGUAGAAAUACUGGGAAUGGGAAUCCAUCUUCACAACAAAGUGAGAGUCAAAAAAGACCAAGGGGCUCUCGGGGAGGACAGCACAGGAAUCGACAUAAUAGAACUUGA